AAACACUCAAAGUUUCCACUGUUUUUCCACACUGCACGACUCUCCUGUCCGGCUGCUACUUCCGAGGAUUGAGGACGCCGUUCAGGCCCACAAGACUAUGGUGACCACUGACCCCCACGAAAACCAGGACCUGGUGGUCCCUCCCCAGGUCCAGGAGCCGUUGAAAGACCAGCAGAACCCAGAGAAACCGACCUUGGACAUGGCUGGAUUUGACCUGGAGAAGAUGGGCCAGGGUCCUGUCAACCCCAUCACGGUCCUCACUUUACUGGACAAGCUGGUCAACAUGCUGGACGUCGUGCAGGAGAACCAGCACAAGAUGGAGGCGCACCAGGUUGAGAUGGAGGGCGUGGUCCGAGGGAUCCAGGCUGACAUGUUCAAACUAUCCAAGAAUCACACUCACACCUCCAACACCGUCAGCAAACUGCUAGACAAGAGCCGCAAACUUUCCGUCACCAUGAAGGAGGUACGUGACAAGAUGGAACGUCAGGGUGCACAGGUUAAGAAACUGGAGGCCAACCACGCCCACCUGGCCAACAGAAACCUCUUUAAAGUCCUUAUCUUUCAGGAGGAGAACGAGAUUCCCUCCAGUGUCUUUUUGAAGGAUCCUCCACCAUUCCCUCGUGAUGAGAUUCUAGAAGAAGGGGAGGAGCAAGCGCCAGGGGUUGAAGGUGAUCAGCCCUCGGAGGGUGGCCUCCAUACCAUCAACUUAUCAUCUGACGAGGAUGUGGGUCUGGAGGAGGAUCUGGAGGAGGAGAUGUGGCCUCAUGACCUGGAGAACAUGGAAAAGUCCAGAGCUGAGAAACUGAAACGCUCCAGUUUGAAGAAGGUUGACAGCCUGAAGAAGGCGUUUUCACGACAAAACAUUGAGAAAAAGAUGACAAAGAUUGGAACCAAAAUUGUUUCGGCUGAGCAACGAGAGAAGAUCAAACAGAAAACAUCCAGCCUGAAGGUGUCCCCUCUGACCUUUGGCAUCAAAAAGCCUCACAACAACUCUGACUCCCACCCUCCUGAAGAACAUGCCGACCAGAUGAAGGAGAUUGCACUCCCUGAAGAGGACAUCCGACUGUCCCCGCCGGGCAGCAAUGAUCAGGAGGUGACCUUUAUAGAGGUCCAAAACCAGGCAGCGCCGGCAGAGCAGCAGGAGGAAGAGCCUUCGUGUGUGAACGUCAGCACGACAUCUGAAGGUGUCAGUGAGGAGUAUGCUAUGUCUACUACACUGCCUCAGGAUCAGGAAUGCAAGGAAGAGCCUUCAGCAGCACUUGAGAAAUAAGAGUUUGUUCACAUGUUCUGUCAACGCAAUGCUAACAUGCACACAACACAGCGUCGUCGUAUCCUGCACAAAAACACUGGAGCGAACCUAGUUAUAAAGUGGUACCUCGGUUUUCGUAUACCCCACAUUUUUGUACGAUUCGGUUUUUGGCAAAAAUGUGGGCUAAGAUUGUUGCCGGUUUUCGUAUGUGGUGUUUUGUAACUGUAUGGCCAAACAAUCCGUUUUGACAAGCAUGGGCGAACUGGGACAAACAUCCAUCCAUUUUCUACCGCUUGUCCCUUUCGGGGUUGCGGGGGGCGCUGGUGCCUAUCUUAGCUACAAUCAGGUACACCCUGGACAAGUCGCCACCUCAAACAUUUUAUAACAAUUUGUGCGCAUAUUCAGUAUGUGCCGGCUGCCCCUGCAGACAUAACUUGUUUCUGCCUUUAGUUGGUUGUGUCACUAUAGCUUUUCUUUUUCUAUCUCCGAAUGUCUUUGCACCACCUAUAUUUUAGUGAAUUGUGAAGUGAAUUAUAUUUAUAUAGCGCUUUUCUCAAGUGACUCAAAGCGCUUUACAUAGUGACACCCAAUAUCUAAGUUACAUUUAAACCAGUGUGGGUGGCACUGGGAGCAGGUGGGUAAAGUGUCUUGCCCAAGGACACAACGGCAGUAACUAGGAUGGCACAAGUGGGAAUCGAACCUGCAACCCUCAAGUUGCUGGCACGGCCACUCUACCAACCGAGCUAUGCCGGUUUCUUUCGUUCUCUACUUUCUCUAUUUCUUCCUCCGCUGCAAAUAAAAGUAUUGAUAGAGGUUAGUGCAGGUGCCUCACAAUACGAGGGCCCCGAGUGGUCCUGAGUUCAAUCCCCGGCUCGGGAUCUUUCUGUGUGGAGUUUGCAUGUCCUCCCUGUGAAUGCGUGGGUUCCCUCCUGGGUACUCCGGCUUCCUCCCACCUCCAAAGACAUGCACCUGGGGAUAGGUUGAUUGGCAACACUAAAUUGAAUGUGAGUCUGAAUGUUGUCUGUCUAUCUGUGUUGGCCCUGCGAUGAGGUGGCGACUUGUCCAGGGUGUACGCCGCCUUCCGCCCGAAUGUAGCUGAGAUAGGCUCCAGCACCCCUCCGCGACCCCCCAAAAAAGAGACAAGCGGUAGAAAAUGAAAGGAUGGAUUGAAAUGUCAAAAAUGGCUGUUCAUGGACCCAUUAUGAAUUGGCACCCUGGGAAAACUCCAUGAUGGCCAAUCCACCCCUGGUAACAUUGGGCCACGUGUCAUCCCACAAAUUCAAGUCUCCAAUAAUCCACUAGGACAGUGGUUCUCAACCUUUUUUUAGUGAUGUACACUCUGUGAACAUUUUUUUAAUUCAAGUACCCCCUAAUCAGAGCAAAGCAUUUUUGGUUGAAAACAAGAGAUACAAAAGUAAAAUACAGCACUAUGUCAUCAGUUUCUGAUUUAUUAAAUUGUAGAACAGUGCAAAAUAUUGCUCACUUGUAGUGGUCUUUCUUGAACUAUUUGGAAAAAAAUAUAUACAAAUAACUAAAAACUGUUUGAAAAAUAAACAAGUAAUUCAAUUAUAAAUAAAGAUUUCUACACAUAGAAGUAAUCAUCAACUUAAAGUGCCCUCUUUGGGGAUUGUAAUAGAGAUCCAUCUGGAUUCAUCAACUUAAUUCUAAACAUUUUUUCACAAAAAAAAAAAAAUCUUUAACAUCAAUAUUUAUGGAACAUGUCCACAAAAAAAUCUAGCAGUCAACACUGAAUAUUGCAUUAUUGCAUUUCUUUUCACAGUUGAUGAACUUACAUUCAUAUUUUGUUGAUUUUUGAAUUGUUGCUAUCUUUAGAACUUUUUAAAAAAAUCUCACGUACCUUCAAGUACCCCCAGGGGUACAUGUACCCCCAUUUGAGAACCACUGCAUUAGGGGACCAAAGAAAGUUGUGAUUCCCAGCACUUUGAAAAGAAGGUGAGAAACACUAAUAAAACCAAAAACUCCACUUCCUUCCAUGACCGCUAAGAAGAGUUUUCAAUUAAAAGUAAUGUUAAAUUUGAAUUUGUCCAUUUCAUUCCUCAUUUGUUAUUGAAUUUAACACGGUUUUUGCAUGCAAAAGUAUAAAUAUUCUCUAUCAAAAUUGUUUUGUGUUCAUAUUUGUGGGUGUUGGGAAUGAAUUAAUUGAAUUUACAUGACCUUUUUUGGAGAACAUUAAUUUUGUAUACGAUUUUGGUUUUGGUCAGAUCUUUUGGAGCUAAUUACUAAGGAAAACUGAGGUACCACUGUAUUCAUGCUGUUAUUAACUAAAGCACUUUCACAUUCUCAGCAUUUAUACACCUUAAAAAAAUACUAAUUGAAUUGAAUAUUUUAAAUAGAUCCAAAAACAUAUACCCAAAACAUUACCACAAGGUUCUGACAACAUUCCGUAACAGGUUAGGAAAUAAAGAUAUGUAUUGUGUGCUCACUUUUCAAUGGCUAGCCAUGCACCGCUCACUUUGACAAACCAGUUUGAAGUAGUUUAGUUGGCUUUCACUCACACAUUUUAACACUUUUCUUACAUGUAUAAAAAGCUUUGCAACCAAAGAAUAUUUAGAUUUUAUUGUACCUAAAAGACAAAAAUAAACCAUUGUGACUAUCA